AUGCUGAAAGCCAGCAAAGUUCUACGAGCUGUUAGGGCUGCAAGCACCGUGGCAACGGUUGAUAAAAUUCCUAACUUCGAAAGUGGAGCAAGAAUUUUUUCUUUAAUUCAACCAACGGGUAGAAUCCACCUCGGUAACUACUUGGGUGCGGUUCGAAACUGGAAAACGAUCACCGAAAAAGCGCCUGAGGACGUCCAAUGUAUUUUUGGAACAGCAGAUUUGCACUCACUUACACAAUUACUUGGGGCCAAAGAGCUAUCGGAAAACAGACUCAAUACCAUUGCCAGUCUUAUAAGUGCUGGGGUUGACCCGGAGAGAUGUAUUCUUUUCCAUCAAUCCAGCGUGAGUGGACACUCAGAGUUGUACUGGAUCCUUACGUGUUUGACAAGUAUGGGUAGCUUAAACCGAAUGACCCAAUGGAAACUGAAGGCGCAUGUAGAGGAUAAGCUGGACAUUUACAGUGAGCAAAUUAUGGGAAAGACCAAAGCGGGAGUUUUGUUGUACCCUGUUCUACAAGCAGCGGAUGUGUUGCUCUAUAAUUCUACACAUGUUCCUGUUGGUGAUGACCAGAGCCAGCAUUUGGAGUUGUGCAGAGGCAUAGCAUCGACGUUCAAUCACACAUAUGGAAAUUUCUUCACGUUACCCAAGACGAUUUUGACACCCACAAAGAAAAUUCUUUCUUUGAGAAAUCCCGAGAAAAAAAUGUCGAAGUCAGACAAGGACCAGAAUUCAGCCAUCUAUAUGGUAGAUGACGCAGAUACCAUCACCCGUAAGAUGCGCAAAGCGGUCACUGAUUCGGUACAAGGCCCAAUCACUUACGAUCCAGUAAAUAGGCCCGGAGUUUCAAACCUUAUAAACAUUGUUGCCGGGAUCUUCAACCAGUCUGCUGAGCAGACUGUGAAAGACAUGGCAUGGAUAUCAAACCACAAACAAUUGAAGGACUACGUUACUGAGGUCAUUGUGGAAGAGUUCAAGGACAAGAGAACCACAUACGAACAGUUAACCAACGAUAAAGCGUUCUUGAGCGAAAUUUGUGACAAAGGUACCCAAGCGGCGAGUGAGCUUGCGCACAAGAAUCUCACCGAAAUUAAAAGACUUGUUGGGUUGUUGUGA